AGUAACCCUCGGCGGCGUCUCAGGGAGGCAGAAUCACAAGAUGGGUUUGUUGUCCAUUUUACGGAAACUGAAGAGCACCCCAGAUCAGGAGGUGAGGAUAUUGCUUCUAGGACUGGACAAUGGGGGAAAGACGACCUUACUGAAACAGCUAGCAUCUGAAGACAUCACUCAUAUCACUCCAACACAGGGUUUCAAUAUCAAGAGCGUCCAAUCACAAGGAUUCAAAUUAAAUGUGUGGGAUAUUGGUGGUCAGCGAAAGAUCAGGCCCUACUGGAGAAACUACUUUGAAAACACAGAUGUACUGAUUUAUGUCAUUGAUAGUGCAGACCGCAAACGAUUCGAGGAAACGGGACAGGAGCUGGCUGAGUUACUUGAUGAAGAGAAGCUCAGCGGUGUCCCGGUCCUGGUGUUUGCUAAUAAGCAGGAUUUGCUCACAGCAGCCCCUGCGUCUGAAAUAGCAGAAGGAUUGAAUUUGCACACUAUCAGAGACAGAGUGUGGCAGAUUCAGUCCUGUUCCGCCCUCACAGGAGAGGGAGUCCAGGAUGGCAUGAACUGGGUCUGCAAGAGUGUGAACGCUAAGAGGAAAUAGUUUUCUGUUACCGUGGCUUUCGUUUCUGGACACGCAGAGGGAAUGGUGAAGUCUACGAGGGAUUGUCAGUAGGUGUAGGAAAUGAAGGCACCCCUUCAAAACUAUUUAAGUUUAACUUUCCUUUUUUUUUUAAAAUGGGCCUACUAUGGUCCUGUAUACAUACAAUGAGUUAAUAGCAUGCUUUCACUAGUCUUUCAAUAGCGACAGUUCACCCGGUGAUAAAAUUAGCUGUUAAUAUACCUACCCACAGACUUUUUCUUCAGUAGAACAUUAAAAAGAUGAUUUUUUAGAUGAAUCUGUGGUUGUUUGUGGUUUAUAAAAUGCAAGUCAAUGGUUACUGCACUGCAAAAAAUGCUUUUCUUAGAUUUUUUUUGUCUGGUUUUUAGUCUAAAUAUCAAAAAAUUCCUAUAUCAAGAAGCACUUUCUAAACAAGCAAAACAUAUUGUCUUGUUUAAAGAAAUAAAAACGCAAAAAUUGUGUCAGUUUUUCCUUUAAAACAAGCUAAAUAAUCUGCCAAUUGGAUUAGCAAAAUAAUCUUAUGUCGAAAAGAAAAACAAGAUUAUUUUGCUUACCCCAUUGGCAGAUUAUUUUGCUUGUUUUAAGAAAAAACUCACUUAAUUUUGGCAUGUUAUUACUAAGAAAAGCAUAUUUUGCAGUGUGCCAUCCUAAAUAAAAAUAAAAAAUAAGUGGCACUUGAAGAUACUGUAAGGUCUUAUGUAGCAAAGUGAUCAGACUACACAAGAAACUGAACAUUAUUUACAAGAUUAAAACCUUGUGGUAGAUUGAUUGUUUCACAUCAUAGUACUUCAAUGCAUCUUCAAAAGCCAUGCAUAUGUUUAAUUUUAUCUGUACUUGCCUUUUGACUAAUCAAGUACCACAUUUUUCAGCUAAAAUUCCCCCUUCAUCCUGCAUUAUCUCAUUGUGUGUAAUUUACCAGCUGUUUUUGGGUGAACUGCCGCUUGAAACUCUGAAUUAGGAAGUACGUCCAUGUGAUUCGCAUUGAUUUGACUGCUUUUCUUUAGUUCACACGUGUCAAAGCCAGAUCCUGGAGGGCCGCAGCCCUGCACAGUUUAAUUCCAACCUUGCUUCAACAUACUUAUAGGUUUCAAACCAUCCUGAAGAACUCAAUUAGUUUGAUCAGGUGUGUUUAAUAAGGGUUGGAACUAAACUGUGCAAAGUUUCGACCCUACAGGAACUGGCUUUGACACCUGUGCUUUAGUUCAUUUCAGAUCUUAAUCACUCUGCCUUCAUUUCUUGAGAUGAGUGACUUGCGUUUUUAUAAUGAAUGUUAGUUAUUUAGAGGAUUUUGUUACUGAGAUAUUUCUAGAAGUGACAGCCUAUAUCAUUCAGUUCAACUGCUGUCUUUUCAUACUUGCUCGCUGACAUAAAACUCCAUCUCAUGUCAUAUAUACAUAUAUAUUUUUUAGAUUUUCCUGAGAGUAAUGAAUUACGAGAUACAGAUUAUUCUACCAAAUGCAACGUAUCAAAAACAUCAGUUUGUCCAAAAGAAAAGGGGGACCAUUGGUAGGGUAGGAAAUGUGUUUUUGAUAUUACUAUGUAAAUAAAUGUUCCACAUAGCAAAUUAUUUUCUGCACAUAUAAGUAAAUUUUACAAAUCCAGGAUUUCUUAGAGCUCUAUAUUGAGAUGGCCUGUACAGCUGUAAUCUAAACACUACAAAAAGGUAAAAGUCUAUUGUCGUCACAUCGAGAUUGUUUCUGUAGUGUCUCUGAAUGUCAUGAUGUGUGUGAAAUUACUGAAGCAUAUUGAGUAAAACACUGAAACCAUG